UUAUCGGCAGCCGAUGGAGGUGAUCCAGUGGGUGAGCUCCUGAUCGCGAACGUGCACAAUAUGAAGAUCCGGUGCACUGUGUGAAGAUCGCGAUAGUUGGCAGAUAUAUAGCUCAAUAAUUGCCCAAUAUAUUCUUGUGUAUAAUAAAUCCAUCCUCGGUGCUGUUUCUUACGUGAAUCUGUGCUAAGGCUUGUGCAUUCGUGGGCAAAUUGUUUCCCAGCAAUUAUCAGUGGUGUGUCAAACUCUUCUUUUUUGUACUGCCUUUUGCACCGUUCAACUGAUAACAAAGCAGAGCAGAGACAGUUAUAGUUUUUUUUUGGUGUGAAGUGAUCAGCAAUCGAAAUGGAAAACCUCAGUGCAUCAAGUGAGCAAAUUGAGGAGCUCAAGAGGCAAUUCUUCGAAAAAGUGCAGCGAGAUGGACAUGAAAUAGACGGUGGUUUUCAUCCAGCUGAUAUAGAUAGGAUAAAUACUAGCGAGAAAUGGCUUCGUCUAUUCAUCGAGUACAAUGACUUGGACAUGAAAAAGGCACUGACUCAACUCUGGGACACUUGCGUCUGGCGCAAGAACUUUGGAACCAACGAUCUUGAUGUAAGUCAGUUGCGACAGGAGUAUCUACAUGAGGGCUUCAUGUUUCCCAGGAAUCGCGACAUUGAUGGGAAACGGCUGCUGAUCUUCCGCUCGAAACUGUACGUUCGCGGGACGAAAGACAUGGAUGAUGUGAAGAGGAUUCUCGUGUACUGGGUGGAGAGAUUGAUGUACAGAGAAGAGGACCUUGCCCAAAUCUCGGUGUUCUUCGAUCUCAAGGACUCUGGACUGAGCAACAUGGAUAUGGAAUACACGCGCUACAUUAUCAACCUGUUCAAGUUCUACUAUCCGAAUUCACUGAACUACAUCAUCAUCUUCGAAAUGCCCUGGAUUUUGAACACAACUUUCAAGAUCAUCAAGAGCCUCUUACCAGCAAAGGCCGUGGCGAGAAUGAAGUUCGUCAACGGCAAGACAUUGCAUGAGUUUGUGGAUGAGAGCAAUAUGUUGGACAUUUGGGGUGGAAGUGAUAACUACACGUAUAAGUUUGAGGAGGGGGAAUCAUCGGCCAAGAGCAUCAAUAACAAUAAUUUGAACGCCAGCGGAAGAAAGGUACAUUUUGCAAAGUUGAGUCCAACGGAGUCACCAAUGUCAGAGCAACAUGGUUCGAGUUUCACGGAGAAAGGCAACGCAGGCGAUGAGAUGCUGCGCGUGGUGCAAGACACGCUGCUAUUCAACAAGACAGGCAACGACUAUUCCGGAUCUGUGGAGAUAAUCAAUAUCGAUCUGAAGCCCAUCACGUACAAAGUGAAGACGACGGCGCCCGACAAGUUCAGAGUGCGUCCGAGUUCCGGAGUCCUAGCUCCGGGCUCGUCAAUGACAGUCAACGUGGUCCUCGUGCCCGGCUGCCAACUUUCCGCGCUGUCGCGGGAGAAGUUCCUCGUGAUGUGCAUGGCACUGGGUGCUGAUAAGCAGACAAACUCUCAGGAUAUCGCAGAACUGUGGAAGAACACUCCCUCUCACAGCCACCUCGUGGAGCAGCACAAGCUGAAGUGCCUCUUGCCCGGACUGUCGCACGUCUCGGAGGUGUCCUUCAAGAAUGGCACUGCCUUCAGCGGCAGCUCUGGCAGCGACAGCGAUCGCCAGAUCAGCCACUUGGUGCAGACUGUGCACGAGCUGAAUGACACAGUGGCGCGACUGGAUUCGCGCCUGAAGAAAAACCAGAUGCUCUUCUUCCUGGCCCUGCUGGCCAUCGCCUCCUUCUGCGUGGCCACUCUGUACAUUGUCAAAGGGAGCAUCGAGGAGCAUGGCAUGGGGUACUGCGUCAAGAGGGACGACUAGACAGCCGAUGGAUCUGACCUACACUUCAUCCUGUUGUGAUCUAGCUUCAUUCGGACGGAAUACUCACUGAUUCGCGCAUACCUGCCUCCACGGUUAACCACUUGGAUCCACUAUGAGCAUGGCAUACCUUCUAUUCCUUUAAGCUGUUAUGUGGAUACAGUAUUUUGUACAUUAUUUAUAGUUGAUUGUGAUUUUCAAUCAAAGGAAUAAUGAAGGAAAUA